AGAAAGGCAAUAACACGCUGAUGUACCAGUGUUGUAACUCCAUCCAGUAGAGGGCGGGAAUCCGCCGGAAACAACAGAGAAGAAGAAACGCGUCUCGGCGGAGGAUGGAUUUAUUUCUCCGAGAAGCGAUGUAAAGCGACAAAAGCGCUCCGUUUAAACGAUGUGAUGGUACUGGAUUACCACAAAAUCUGAGGAAAAAGUGUAAAACGAUGUGAGGUAAUACAUGUGUGUGAACUGGGAUUCCGUCUCCGUGAACGCGUCUGAGAUCUGAUCUGAGAUCUGCAUGACAUCACUGUGAAGAUGGAGAGAGAAGAAGAAGAAGCAGAGCAGACAGGUGAGUUCUGGUGGAGAAGACGCAUCAGUGAUUAAAAACAGCAUUAUGACAGUUCCAGAGCUGAUGCAGGAGAAGGAAGAGAGCCGAGUGAACGCCGCCGAGGAGAAACAUCUGAAUCAGGACGGCUUCACAACCGGAGAGAAAUCAGUCACUUCUCAUUUCAGUCGCUCAGAACUGAAGAAGACCGUCUCGCAGGAAGCCAGUAAUGCGUUCGUCUGCCCCGAGUGUGGGAAGAGUUUCACACACAGAGGACACUUCAACGAACACGUGAAGAUCCACUCGGGAGUCAAGCCCUUCAGCUGCCCGCACUGUCCGAAGAGCUUCACCUGUCGAGGACACCUGAAGCGGCACGUGCGCAUCCACACCGGAGAGAGACCGUACGCUUGCACCCAGUGCGGGAAGAGCUUCAAGUGUGCCACCAACCUCAAAGACCACCAGCGCUCGCACUCGGGAGAACGGGCCUUCAGCUGUGAGCAGUGCGGGAAGAACUUCAUCCUGGCGUCCAACCUGAAGGCCCACCUGAAGAUCCACACCGACGAGAAGCCGUACGUGUGCGCCGUGUGCGGGAAGGGCUUCCUGCGCCUGGGCUGUUUCAACGAUCACCAGAAGAUCCACACGGGCGAGCGAGCGCACAUCUGCUUCGAGUGCGGAGACACCUUCACCAGAUCCAGCGCUCUGAAGCAGCACCAGAAGAUCCACAGCGGAGAGAGACCCUACACCUGCUCACACUGCGGGAAGAGCUUCACUCACUCGGGAGCGCUGCGGAGACACGAGCGUGUGCACACCGGAGAGAGACCCUACCCCUGCACCGCCUGCGGGAGGAGAUUCACUCAGUCCAGCGACCUGCAGAACCACCGGAAGAAGCCCUGUCCCGUGCUGUCUACACUGAGCACCUACAGCACACAGACUCAUCAUUCCUGUCUCUAACACUACUGAGAUACGAGAGAUUAGAGUGUGGAUACAAACACUGAUUUCAGUCCAUACAGCAAAUAAAGAUUGUGUGGAUUACAGUGCUACUCCAGUAGAUGGAGACGAGUGAAAAAUGAGUUCAUCGUUGUGUAUAGAGGAUCGUUUAUAAAACUGAUUUCUUCCAGUAAUCAAGCAAGUGAAGACUUUAUGAGUGAGUCACCGAAUGAUUCAUUCAAGAGAUUCAUUCAAAAACACUGAUUCAUCCAGUAAUGAAACGAGUGCAAUCUUUAUGAGUGAGUCACUGAAUCAUAUUAUUUUUGUCAGAACCAGUUUCAUGAUCUCUGUUUCAGCCAAAAGCGUCUGUGAUGUCCAGCAUCUGAACAGGUUUACCUCUGUUUGAAUCAAGAUAAAUGUAAAGGUAUCUCAGUUCUGUAUUUAAUAAAACCCUAUUUUAGGACGUGC